UGUGUCCUUAUAUUUAUUAAAAGGAACAGACAGAUAUUUUCUCAGGAAAACAUAAGCAACUAUUAUGCUGUCCUUACGGAUUCUUUGUUUAGUUUGACUAUUUGUAGAUUUAUUUGUAAACGUUUUGAAUAUAAAAAUGAAUAUUUUCUAGAGGUUGAUGCCUUUGAGUUAUUGGAAGAGAGCCCAUCACCAAAACACUUUGGGACAUGGGCAACGGGCAAUCAAACUGUCCCUUAUUCAAUACCACAUAUUUCAUCCAGAUUAGAGAAGUGGCUCUUGUCGAAGAAGAUAAACUUCAGUUGUGGGCCUUCUUCCACUUUUUCUAAAAUAUUGGAAACUCCUGCUGCUCCAAUAGAUGACAUAUAUACCGAUGAUAUGGAUUUUUCAAUUGUGAAAACUCCUGAAAAGUGCAGUCCGAUAUCCAUUAGUGAUGGUGAUCAAGUUUGUGAAGAUAUAAGUGCAAGUGAUGGCGACCAAGGUUGUGAAGAUAUAAAUGCUUCCAUUGGGAAAUUUUCCUUGGCAUCUACAACAACAUCAUCACAUCUUGAUCGUAUUGAUCCAUUUACUGGUUUACUGGGAAUCUGUGAACAGUCAGCACCGCUACAGUUUCUUGAUUUUUUCUCUAAGUAUUGUGCUCCAGAAAGUAUUGCUAAAGUUGGUGAAGGUACUUACGGAGAAGCCUUCAGAGCAGGCAAUAGGGUGUGCAAAAUAGUUCCGUUUGAUGGGGAUUUCCCAGUAAAUGGAGAAGUGCAAAAGAAAUCGGAAGAAUUGCUUGAGGAGGCUGUGCUUUCUAAAGCUCUUAACAGUUUACGAGAAAUUGAGAAAGAUGAUUUUAAUGCUUGCACGACCUUUAUAGAAACAAUUGAUUUAAAGGUCUGCCAAGGUUUGUAUGAUGCGGCGUUGGUUAGAGCUUGGGAAAAAUGGGAUGAAAAGAAUGGCUCAGAAAAUGAUCACCCCAAAGAGUUCCCAGAGAAACAGCGUUAUCUCGUAUUUGUUCUACAACAUGGUGGUAAAGAUCUUGAAAGCUUUGUAAUUGAGAAUUUUGAUGAAGCACGAAGUUUAUUGGUUCAGGUUACGGCUGCCCUAGCUGUGGCUGAAGCUGCAUAUGAGUUUGAACACCGUGACUUGCAUUGGGGAAACAUACUUUUGAGCCGAAAAGAUUCUGUCACUAUGAAGUUUAUGCUAGAGGGCAAACAAAUAUCCUUCAGGACAUAUGGGAUAUCAGUGUCAAUAAUUGAUUUUACACUGUCGAGAUUAAACACUGGUGAAAAAAAAAUACUCUUUCUGGAUCUGUCACAGGACCCUUAUCUUUUUAAAGGUCCAAAAGGAGAUAAACAAUCAGAAACAUAUAGAAAAAUGAAGGAGGUUACAGAAGAUCACUGGGAAGGAAGUUUUCCCAGAACAAAUGUGUUAUGGUUGAUAUACUUGGUGGAUAUACUGCAGCUGAAGAAAACAUAUGUACGUUCUUCAAAGAAUGAAAGAGACAUGAGGUCCCUGAAAAAGCGUCUGGACAAAUAUGAUUCAGCUAAAGAAGCUAUUUUCGAUAGCUUCUUCGGCGAUUUGCUUGUGGAUAAUUAAUGCUUUUGAAGUCGAAUUUAGGAUGGAUAUGGAUAUACGGGAUGAUUCCAAAUAUUGUGUUUGGUACUAGUUUGUAAUGGGAAAUGGAUAGCCUGGU